AUGUCCCACAGGAAAAUGCAUCUGGCGCUGUCUCUGGUCCUCAUCCUCUGUGGCCUUUUUAAUGGCAUCAUCUGUGAAAAUCAAAGAAACUCCCAACAGAGCAUUUACCCAGUCUUAUUAGAGAAAAUUCCAUCUCUCUCCCAGAAGACGGAAACUGGUGAUGAGGCUUUUGCCCAAAAAUUGUUCAGGGCUCUGUUAAUUGAAGAUCCUAGAAAGAAUAUCAUCUUCUCCCCCGUGAGCAUCUCCAUUGCCCUGGCCAUCCUCUCCCUGAGGACCAGAUUCACAACGCACACUAACCUCAUUGAGGGCCUGGGACUCGAGCUCAAAAAAAUCCGAGUGUUGGACACACAACAGGACUUGCAGCUUCUUAUCCAGAUGCUGAACAAGCUGGAUAAUCAGCAGCAACUGAGGCACAAGGACAUUCUCUUUGUUGAUCGCAACAGGAGGACCAACCAGAUGUUUCUGCAGGAGAUAGACAAGAUAAAUGACGUGGACGUCCAGAUGAUUGACUUUAAAGAUACAGAAAGAACCAAGAUGGCCAUCAACAACCAAGUGGCUGAAAAAACACAACAGAGAAUCAAAGACUUAAUCACCCAUCUGGACCCUCAGACCGUCCUAUAUCUUGUCAACUAUGUUUUCUUCAGAGGCAUUUGGGAAAGAGCUUUUCAGACCAGCCUCAUGCAGAAGGAGGCCUUCUAUGUGAAUGAAAACACCAAAGUGCAGGUGGACAUGAUGCAGAAGACGGAACGAAUGAUUUAUAGCCGGUCAGAGGAGCUGCUGGCUACCAUGGUUAAGAUGCCCUACCGAGGAAACGUGUCCCUGCUUCUUGUGCUUCCAGAUGCAGGACAAUUCGACUCUGCUCUAAGACAGAUGACUGCUAAGCGAGCUAGACUUGAGAAAACCAGUGACUUCAGAUUGGUGCACUUAGUUUUGCCCAAGUUCAAGAUCUCCUCCACAAUAAACUUGAGACAUCUGCUUCCCAAGAUUGGCAUCAGAGACAUGUCCACUAGAGCAGCAGACCUCCAGGGCAUCGCAGACAAGGCUGCCCCAUCCGUUUGGGAGGCUGUGCAUCAUGCUGAGCUAGAGGUGAGCGAGCGCGGCUUGACCGCAGAUGCAGCCAGAGAUGCCGCCAUGUGGAAGGUCCCCGUGGACACGAAGGAGGUCCCUGUGGUCGUGAAAUUCAACAGACCCUUCUUCCUGGUUUUGGAGGAUCAGAUGACUCAAAAAGACCUCUUUAUGGGCAAAGUCUUCAACCCCCAAACUGAGUAG